UCUGCCCACGCAUUUAUCCGCUGGGAGCAGCAUGGCGCCCAAGGGCUGUAUUUGUUUUACUGAGUUUCUGGACCCAUUCGAGAGGGUCAUCCAGCCGGAGGAGGUCUGGCUGUACAAGAACCCCCUGGUGCAGUCGGACAACAUCCCCACCCGCCUCAUGUUUGCCAUUUCUUUCCUCACGCCCCUGGCUGUGAUCUGUGUGGUGAAAAUUAUCCGGCGAACAGACAAGACUGAAAUUAAGGAAGCCUUCCUAGCCGUGUCCUUGGCUCUCGCUCUGAACGGCGUCUGCACAAACACCAUUAAGCUCAUCGUGGGCAGACCGCGCCCCGAUUUCUUUCAUCGCUGCUUUCCAGAUGGGGUGAUGAACGCGGAGAUGCACUGCACGGGGGACCCCGAGCUGGUGUCCGAGGGCCGCAAGAGCUUCCCCAGCAUCCACUCCUCCUUUGCCUUUUCAGGCCUGGGCUUCACCACGUUCUACCUGGCCGGCAAGCUGCACUGCUUCACAGAGAGCGGGAGGGGCAAGAGCUGGCGGCUGUGCGCCGCGAUCCUGCCCCUGUACUGCGCCAUGAUGAUCGCGCUGUCCCGCAUGUGCGACUACAAGCACCACUGGCAAGACUCGUUCGUGGGCGGCGUCAUCGGCCUCCUGUUCGCCUACAUCUGCUACCGGCAGCACUACCCGCCUCUGGCCAACACGGCUUGUCACACACCCUACGUCAGCCUCCGGGUGCCGGCCUCGCUGAAGAAGGAGGAGGUGCCGGCAGCUGACAAGCCACCCUCCGGCUCCUUCAGCCUGGCCCGGAGCCGGGGGCAGUGA